UGAUUUUUACUUGCUUCGUAGGGUUAUUGUGUGUAAAGAGUUUGGCGCACUCUUCGUGGAAUUAUGAGUUCUUUGAAGCUGCAGAAGCGCCUCGCUUCUGCCGUAUUGAAAUGCGGCAAGAAGAAGGUGUGGCUGGAUCCUAACGAAAUCAACGAGAUUGCCAGUGCAAAUUCACGCCAGAAUAUCCGGAAGUUGGUAAAAGACGGUCUCAUCAUCCGUAAGCCUGUCGCCGUCCAUUCACGCGCCCGUGUCCGUAAGAAUACUGAAGCUCGCCGUAAAGGACGUCACUGCGGUGCCGGCAAGCGGAAGGGUACCGCUAACGCUCGUAUGCCGCAAAAGGACCUGUGGAUCAAGCGUAUGCGAGUUUUACGUCGCUUGCUGAAACGCUAUCGUGAUGCAAAGAAGAUUGACCGUCAUCUGUACCACAUCUUGUACGUAAAGGCAAAGGGUAAUGUUUUCAAGAACAAGCGUGUCUUGAUGGAGUUCAUUCACAAGAGAAAGGCCGAAAAUGCACGCGUGAAGCAACUCAGUGAUCAAGCUGAAGCACGUCGGAACCGCGUUCGAGAAGCACGCAAGCGCCGAGAAGAGCGAGUCGCCCAAAAGAAAGAAGAGUUUGUGAAAACCAUUGAGGCGGAAGCUACCGCAAAGCUCGUCAUUAACAGGAAACGCCUCAUUUCUAGUGGCGGCGGUCCAAUUAGAGCUAGAAAUUUUGGGAAGUAUCAAAGUCGCCCUCUGCAUGAUCACCCUUCGUCUGGCUCAGUGCGCAAUGGUCACCACGGAGACAAGCUUGGCACUGCACGUUUCCCGGAGCUCAAGAAGUGGGAUGUCUCUACUUUGACUCCGGUCUGUAAGAACUUCUACAUCCCAAACGCGCGUAUUGUGUCACGGUCCCAAGCCGAGAUAGACGAAUACAGGCUGGAAAAGCAAAUCGUAUUACUUGGGAAAGGUGUUCCAAGUCCGAUGAUCACGUAUGCCGACGCGGAUCUUCCUGAGUUUCUCAUGAGUGAGUUCGCAAGGAAUAGCUUCAAGGCUCCGACUGCGAUACAAGCUCAAGGAUGGCCAGUGGCUUUGUCUGGUCGUGAUAUGGUUGGCGUAGCACAAACUGGAUCUGGGAAGACUCUCGGAUAUACACUUCCAGCGCUGAUACAUGCGAAACAUCAGUCACCCAUCGGUCGGUGUGACGGGCCCAUCGUGUUGAUGCUCGCUCCAACGCGCGAGUUGGCUCAACAGAUUCAUACUAUCGCAACGCAGUACGGACGCUGUUUCAACUUGCGCUCUGUUUGUGUCUUUGGUGGAGCUCCCAAAGGCCAGCAACUGCGGGAAGUUUCUGAAGGCGCCGAAAUUUUGGUUGCCACGCCAGGACGACUCUUGGAUUUUUUGGAGAUGAAGCGCUUGGAUCUGAAAAGGAUGUCUUACUUGGUGCUUGACGAAGCUGAUCGUAUGUUGGACAUGGGUUUUGAGCCGCAGAUACGGAAAAUCGUUGGUCAGACUCGUCCUGAUCGACAAACCCUUAUGUGGUCAGCCACUUGGCCCAAAGCUGUCCAGAAGUUGGCAGAAGAUUUCCUUACGAACUAUGUUCAACUGACGGUCGGUUCGUUGCAGCCGUCGGCGAAUACUAAUAUUCUUCAGAUUGUUGACGUUUGCGAGGAGUGGCAGAAGGACGAAAAAUUGUUCAAGUUGUUGGAAGAAAUCAACAAGCAGCUGGAGCGUAAAACCUUGAUAUUUACCGAGACCAAAAAAGGAGCUGAUCACUUAACGAGGCGUAUGCGACAGAACGGAUUCAGCGCCAUGGCGAUACAUGGUGACAAGUCGCAACAGGAACGUGACGCUGUUUUGAACGAUUUCCGGAAAGGCAGAGCGAUGGUUUUAGUCGCAACGGACGUAGCAGCGCGUGGGUUGGACGUAGAUGAUGUGAAGUUCGUCGUUAACUUCGAUUUCCCGAAUAACACCGAAGACUACAUUCACCGAAUUGGACGCACGGGACGUUCGAACAAGAAGGGAACGGCGUAUACGUUUUUCACGACGAACAAUGCUAGGAGCGCGAAGGAUUUGAUCGGCAUUCUCAGAGAAACCAAUCAGGUUGUUAAUCCCUUGCUCGACGACUUGCAGAACAGGGCUGGUGAUUUUGGCUUUCGUGGACUCCGCCGUUGCGGAUCCUCCGGUUAUAGCUUUAAUAGAGGUGAUCGUGGAACGGUUUUCUGCGAUUUUUCUGUGGGCUCUUGUGCCCGCGGUGAUCCCGUUGGCCAGGUCCAUCCUGGUCGCGAAUACACGUGUCGGUUUGAGUUGAAACAUUAUUACGAAUUUUUGUGA